AAUAACGCUAAAAGUGCUUCAACAGCACCAAUCGACUAUGCUGGUGUACCUUCUGGUAAAAAUGACAAGUAUGACAAUUCAAGUCAUUUGAAAUAUGGUCAAACAGAAAAUCAAGAAAAAACUACUGGUUCACAUGAUAAAAAUUAUAAAAAACAUCCCGAAGAAAAAAUAGAGGGAGAAGACAAAAAUGUCUAUCGUUCUACAAUUGUAAGACGUUUAUCAGCAUCAGGAGAUUCAGCAGCUCAUCCACAUACAUUUUAUGAAGAGUUUUUGAGUGGAUUAACUGGAGAUGAUUUUAUUAAACAAGAGGAAAGACGAGAACAUGAACGAAAGAAAUUAGAGGAACAAAAAAGGAACAAUACUUUUUAA